GGAUAUGAAUAUUAUUAUUACUUGUAUCCAGAUCCACUUCAACAGCCGUUUUGUGGUCAAAGCGCUGAUGACCAUCUACCCUGGCACUGUGUUGAUGAUCUUCAGCGUCUCUCUGUGGCUCAUCGCUGCAUGGGGCCUUCAUGUCUGUGAGAGACACCACAACUAUAAGGACCUGAGCAGUAACUACAUGGAGGCCCUGUGGAUGGUCUCGGUCACCUUCUUGUCCAUUGGUUAUGGGGAUGUUGUUCCCCACACCUACUGUGGCCGCAGCAUCUGUCUACUCACUGGGAUCAUGGGGGCUGGUUGCACAGUGCUGGUGGUUGCCGUGGUUGCCAGGAAACUGGAGCUGACCAGGGCAGAGAAACACGUCCACAACUUCAUGAUGGAUUCCCACUUUACAAAAGGGAUAAAAAUUGCUGCAGCAAAUGUACUGAGAGAGACCUGGAUGAUCUACAAACACACCAAGCUGGCCAGGGAGAGAGACCACUGCAGAGUGCGCAUGCACCAGAGGAAGCUGCUGCUCGCAAUCCACCGGCUGCGUGAUGUGAAGAUGGAAAGGAGGAAAUUAGCUGACCAGGCCAACACGCUGGUGGAUCUCUGCAAGAUGCAGAAUCUGAUGUAUGACGUGCUGUCAGAGGUGAGUGGAUGCCGAGGGGACCUGGAAAAACACACAAACAGUCUGCAGCAGAAUGUGGAGGAGCUGAGAGAAGGCUUUAGGACCCUAAUGCCCCUCCUCUCUAGCACCCUCGCCACACAAAAUGCUUCCAUCCGCCACCUGCUCAGGGAGAGGGAGGAGCAGGCAGUGACAUGGAGCAUGGCAGGACAGGAUAAGUAAGAUGGCAAGAGGUAUGCAAUGUGUAUUGUUACAGGGAAAGGUAGAAAGAAAUUGAUGGGCUGAGUUGGGAUGAGGAUCUUCAAAAGAUACUUUAUAGGAAUAACUGUUCAAAGUGUACGUAAAGAAUGUGUCAAAGCAAUAAGGGAUGGAUUUUUAUUUUUUAUUAGAAUUACGAUGAGCCAACAUCCAGACUAUAUGCAGUACUGAUAAGUGACCCAUACUGGCCAAAAAAAAACCUUGGUGAUACUAGUCUUGAUUUUAACAUUCUCAGAAUUAAACAAAAAAUGUGUUGUUAGCCAGCAUGUGCACUGAAUGUUCUGCGCGUCACAACUAAUGUAUUGUCAUGGUAGUAUGUGGUGUACAGUAUAAAACCAUGUCCAGUAAUAACCAAAUCUGUUUUACUGAAUUGUAUAAUUUACAGUAAACAUUAAUAAAGUUACAUCUUUCUUGUCACGAGUCAGUUAAUUACAUAUUGUUCCUUAUGUAUUUUCUUGAAAAAACAAACACUCGCUUUACUGUAACAGGCUAUGAACACAUGCCAGUGGUCGAGUUCCUGCCCAACUACAUGCGCAGGUGUUGCGUGCCACGUCGUACAGUUGGGAAUCAGAUUGCUUAAUCAUGUGUUCAGCAGAUAUCUUAAAUACGGAUCCCGGCGUUGUAAUUUCUGGCAUACGUCUGCAAUGAAGUCAGACAACUGUGCUAUAGAACAGUGUUUCCAUGCCAUCAUAGGCAAAAAUGGAAAAGGGAACAAAAGUUCAAACCACCCCAAUUCUUUAGCCAAAACAAUAUUUUAUUAAGAGACUGGUUGGAGGGUUGAGUUACAGCAACCAAGUGGACUAUCACAGAGUGCGUCCAGAUGUCAUGAGCACUUCUAGAUCAAUCCGCUGUUUCUUGG